CCGGUUUUUUCUGGAACGGAAGAUCGUAGUUGGAACACAGAUAGUAAACAGGCUGCUUAAAUAACCCUGCGCUAUUGAAAAUGGAUGCUAUGGAAGUCUUACAGCAGGCUAAAGCCUUGGCAAAUGCCAUGACCUUGUAUCAAGAAACAUUACCUCCGGAUCUCACAACUGAACUAGAAUUUCUGGCUAGUGCCAAGGAGGAGUUGUUCAAUGAGUGUGAAGAGAAAUGGAAAGAAAUUGAAGAGCUACAGAGCAAAUUAGCUCUUACAGAAACAGAAGCCUGUGCAGAUCCAGAGCUUCAGACUACCUAUCAGCAUAAAGCUAUGAUGGCAGAGCUUCACUACUUAGAAGAAAAGGAGCCACACUUGAUAUCUGAAAACGGUGAUGUGCUGGCAGCAUUUAGCAUGGAUGAGUUACAGAGAGUGAAUAGAGAACUUGAAAUGGUACUGUCUUGUUGUCAGGCUCAAAAUGAAAACUUAAAGAAAACCCUUAACAGAGAACAGGAGUGGCUACAAGAGCAGCAGGAAUUGGGCCAGGUCAUUGCUGAGCGUGCAGCUAAGGUUAAAAGUAUAUUACAAGAUUACUCGGAGGCAAGAGCUUUGCAAGAUAUGAAAGUAAAGAUCCAGCAAGUUAAAGUCUAUCAAGAAAAUCUGCUCAACAGCAUGGGGACUUUCCUCGCACAGCACUUUCCACUACCACAGCAUCAAAAGCAUCCAAGUAAAAAGACCAAGAUGUCUAUAGAUGUACAUGAAAAUGUGAUAUCUUUACAUGAGAUUCUAGAGACUCUUAUGAAUAAAAUCCUCGAAAUGCCUCAUGACCCAUAUGUCACUAUUGACGACACUUUUUGGCCUCCAUAUAUUGAGAUGCUGCUUCGAUUUGGAAUUGUGCUAAGACACCCUGAAAACCCAAACAAAAUUCGCAUGGAAGCUUUUCACCAGUAAAAGAUAUUUCUUUCCUAAUCAUUUUUUUUAUACACAUUCUGCAUGAAUAUGUUGUCUUGUUUAUGUACAAAAAUAAAAUAGUGUCAUGCAGUUAAGCAAAGUCAACUCCUGCCUUGCACCUAGUACCCUAUGGCCAGUUUUUCUCACAAAAUGGUUAAGGAUAUGGAGGAAUUGAUCUACAAAGAAGAAGACCGUUUUUAAGUACAAACCCGCAUCAUCAAUGUGAGUAUCCAGCAACGCAAAUAAUGCACGAUGCAGCAAAGGUACAUUUAAACAAGAACUAACAAAUGUGCUGACUUGGCUACACAGAAGUGGUUUCAACGGUGAUAUAAUCGGUUACUUAUUCCUCAAGAUUGAGAAGGGCUUUUAUCGACACCUUUCCAUUGAGUCAAAAGGUGCUGUGUAUAUGGCAGCAUGUAGGAUUAAAAGUACAAGAUGUUAAUGAACUUGGGUAGUCUGGAAAAAGGAUUUUCAAAAAAUGUGAUGGAGACAAAAUUUGAAUGACUUGGCCCGAUGUAGUUGUCCUCUACAAAUGUUCUUUUCACUUCUAUCAUGAAGCACCAGCUUUUACAUAGCAGUAGCUGAUGGCAUUGCUUUGAGAGACAGCGGCAGCCAUCUCUGUGUUUUCACCUUUGUAUCACGUCUGAUGACCUAGAAUUCCAAAAUAUGUUUUGAUAACUUUGUGGCAUAUUUAAUUCUUCACUUUAUUACUUUCUUGGUUGGUGAUGAUAUUGUUCAUUCAUCUGUUUUCAUUAAUUUGAGUGUCAGGGUCUCUGGAGCCUACACUGGCAGCUUCAGGUGUAAGGCAGGAACCAACUCUAGACAGGGUGCCAGUUGAUGAAGCUGCUUGUAUGUACCAGCGCGUACAUGCAAUGUACCCACUACUCCAAAAUAUUUUUUAAUAAUGUAAAACAUAAAUCAUGUGCUGCGGUGGGCUGGCGCCCUGCCCGGGAUUUGUUCC